AUGAAAUCUAUGGAUGAUCAAGUUGUACAAGAAGAACUAGGAUACCAAGAUGAUGAGGAAUCCUUUUUCCAGGAUAUUGAUCUUCUACAGAAGCAAGGAAUUAAUGUGGCUGAUAUUAAAAAGCUGAAAGCAGUGGGAAUUUGUACAAUCAAAGGAAUUCAGAUGACAACAAGGCGGGCACUAUGCAAUGUGAAAGGACUUUCAGAGGCCAAAGUGGAGAAGAUAAAAGAGGCAGCCAACAAACUUAUAGAACCAGGAUUUCUAACUGCUUUGGAGUAUAGUGAGAAGCGGAAAAUGGUUUUCCAUAUCCCCACUGGAAGUCAAGAAUUUGAUAAACUCCUGGGUGGUGGGAUUGAAAGUAUGGCAAUCACAGAAGCAUUUGGAGAAUUCCGAACUGGCAAAACACAACUUGCCCAUACUCUUUGUGUGACAGCCCAACUUCCAGGAACAGAUGGCUGUUACACUGGUGGGAAGAUAAUCUUCAUUGACACGGAAAACACCUUUCGUCCAGACCGUCUUCGUGACAUUGCUGACCGCUUCAAUGCAGACCAUGAUGCAGUUCUUGACAAUGUAUUGUAUGCACGGGCAUAUACUAGUGAACAUCAAAUGGAAUUACUUGACUAUGUUGCUGCCAAAUUCCAUGAGGAACCUGGCAUCUUCAAACUGCUGAUAAUAGAUUCCAUUAUGGCACUGUUCCGUGUGGACUUCAGUGGUCGUGGGGAGCUGGCUGAAAGGCAACAAAAACUUGCUCAGAUGUUAUCAAGGCUUCAAAAAAUAUCAGAAGAAUAUAAUGUAGCUGUGUUUAUGACCAACCAAAUGACUGCUGACCCAGGUGCAACUAUGAUAUUUCAGGCAGAUCCCAAGAAACCUGUUGGGGGCCAUAUCCUUGCUCAUGCUUCCACAACAAGAAUUAGCUUGCGGAAGGGAAGAGGAGAGUUGCGUAUUGCUAAGAUAUAUGAUAGCCCUGAAAUGCCUGAAAAUGAAGCAACAUUUGCAAUAACUGCUGGAGGAAUUGGAGAUGCCAAAGACUAG